UUUUAUGGAAUGACAAAACUCAAUUUAAAGUAAUGCUGUUCAUCACUUUUUUACAAAUGAUAACAUUGAAUAUUCUCCACAUACACACACAUCUCAAUCAAAAAAUCGGUUUAAAACUUAAAAAAAAUAACAAUUCUCUUGAAAGACUAUUCUUCCCAAACCUUCCCGAAAAUAAUUAAACCUUUACUCAAUCGAUAGCACCCAAUAUCCACACAAUCACCAAGAAUUAAACUUUUAAACCAAGAACACGUUAGCAACCAUCUAGAACUACAGCAACCUGGAAGGUCCUAGGACCACUACAUAGAACAACCAACUCGCCAGAAAACCCUAGCAACCCUCAAAAACACCCAAGAAGCCACCAUAAACCUACAGCACUACUUCAACCUACUCAACAUUUCCAAUAUACAAGGUAGUAACAUCGCUUUCAGCUAGCUAGCUGAAGACCACAAUUUAUUGCUAUACCUAUAUUUGUAGGAGCACAUCUAUUUUAUAUUUCUGUAGUAUGUAAAAUGAAUGUUUAUUCAUUUAUUUUAAACAAUAAUUUAACAUUCUAACAUCCGUGUACGUUUAUUGAUCCACAAUGAAGAUCUUAAUGUAAACAUGUUAUUGUUUAUUGACCAUUUUGAAUGUUUAAUAUUUUGAUUGAGAGCCAACUUAAUCAGGCAAAUGUGUAGGUUUUAUGAAUUAGGAUAAAUAGAAGAUAAUUAUUUAUCCGGUCUGUUAAUGUGUACUGUCCCUUUAACUCAAACACGUGUUAGCUCUAAAUAUCCGGUUCUUGGUGGAUAAUUUGUUUGAAAACCUUAGGAAUGUCUCGACUGUGUCCGACCAAACACGAUUUGACGUGACAUUUUUUGAAUGUCCUGCGUCAGAGUUCAUAUGUCGCUAACUUAUUGUACCACAAUAGCACAUCACAAGUGCUGAAAUAGUGACCGUGGUAACCCCACAUUCCGGGUGCGGUAUGUAGCUCUGGUUGUUAGGACGGUUGUUGGUGAUCUGCUGGUUGUUAUUGAUCGGCUGGUUGUUUUUCUGCUGGUCUUCUUCUCACAUCGGAUGAUGGAGCCACCCAGCUUCGUGUCAGGUCGAGAGGACAUUUCCUCGGUGUUCCUGGAGAAAACGCCGGAUGACAAACACAAUGAUUUAAGUGACCAGUAUGCUUACGUAAGAAAGAUUCGUGGGGAUGGGAAUUGCUUCUACCGUGCCUUCUGUUUUGCAUACCUGGAGUCGAUUCACAAAAAUGACAGGAUUUUGCAGAGAUUCAAGGUUAGACUGAUGAAGAGCAGAGGAGAGCUGUCCUCGGCAGGAUUGGAUGAGUCUGCCUUUAAUGGUCACCUGAAUAAAGUCAUAGACGUUGUGGAGCAAUGCCAGGCCGAUGAGAAAGAAGAGACGUUGCUCACACUCUUCAAUGAGCAAUCUACCUCCGACAGCGUCGUCCAGUAUCUGAGACUGCUCACGUCCACCUACCUACAAAACCACGCAGACUUCUUCUGUAACUUUGUAGAAGCACCUUGCCUGAAAACCUACUGCAAACAAGAAGUAGAGACGAUGGCGAUGGAGUGCGAUCACGUAGACAUCUUGGCUCUACUGAAGGCCCUGGAUGUUGGCAUCCACGUAGUGUCCAUGGAGGGCCACGACCAUCGGCUGGUUCACCACAUCAUUCCAGAGGGGGCAGAGCCCUCCCUGCAUCUUCUCUACCACACCUCCCACUACGACAUACUCUAUCUGCGUUCCAAACUCUGACCACUGCUGUCCACCAAAGACUCCAGCCAUCUAAGGGCUGUUCAUCGGAUGUAUAAACAUCAAAAGGAUUUAAGAAAAAGUCAUAAACAAAUGCCUUUCAUACCAUAAUGUAAUUGUACAGUGAUUGUAAAACAUACAGAGAUAUAAUUUUGCACAAUAUUGUCUUCAAAAAGGUUGUUUAAAAUAUUCCUGGACGUAAAAAGACAUUUCUCACGUGUCUGUCCGCAAAUAAAAGUGUUUCCGUCAAUGCUCA